AUGUUUCCAGUCCUUUUUCCAUCCUCCUCCGAGCCGAAUUGGAACGGGCAUCGCCUGCCCGAGACAGGACUUCCCCCCUCUUCUUCUGGUGCCCACACCAACUCCACCAAGGCCCUGACAUCCACGCCUCGUACCAUCCAUUCUGGCCACAAUCAUCGCAUCCCCGUGGAGACAACACGCCUCUCCAGGACGCCCAGCAGCACGGGCAGCAAAGCGUUGGUUCCUUCUGCCCUUCCAUUGCUUUCUCCUUCCCUGGGCGCAUAG